AUGUUCCGGUCCGGUUCUUCAAAGCAUGCCGAUGGUGCAGAAGGCAGAAAAUGCGCUGCGAUGCGCGUAACCAAAGCCCUUGCUUCCGCUGUCGGUCCACCGGUCGAGAUUGUAUACUUGAUCCCAUCGACGAUGGUCGUCGACGGAAUGAUCGUCGCCGCAAAACGACAACUCCAGCAAGCAACUGCCUCACCGUUAGAUCAGCGGACCGGGUUUCAUACUCCGGCGUCGAGAGACCAAGGAUUUUCCCCCGCUACCGCACAAGAUGGCGGUUUCGAUACUUCCAUCGACUCUUUGCCCGACUCAACUGGCUUGACUAGCCUUCAAAGGUCAUACACCAGUGACCAUAAUGGUCCGGAUUCUCAACAGUUAAGCCCCAAUGAGAUGAUUGCGCCUGCAUCAGCAGUGCACUCCAUGUCUGUGAAUUUGCUCGGCACAAAUGAUAUUUUCAUGGAAAAUUCGGCCAAAGGUGACCCCCGAGGUGAUGUGAUCGCUCGAGAAAUUGUGAGCGAGGAGCUCGCUCGUGUCAUGUACGAGCGGUUCACGGGCGGCUCCCGAAACUACCUUCCACUCUUCGACCCAAUCCGAGACACUUUUGACUCCAUUCGGUCUCGCUCAUUGUUUUGCUUCACAGUGAUCAUUUACCUUGCCAGUCGCGCCGUGACUGACUUGCGCGGGGACACGCAUAUGCAGCGUGUAUUGCAAGAUGAAGCACAGCGUCUAGCGGAAGACAGCUUUUUCGAGCGACCAACAAAGCUUGAAACGGUGCAGGGCAUGAUUCUUCUGGCAGCUUACUCCGAGAAAACUUGGUUCUCCAUUGCUCUGAUUCUUCGAACAGCCUUGGACUCUGGUUUGGAAAAAUCCUUGGACACUUUGUUAUCACAAGAAAGCGUGCCUCGAAGCUCACUAUCUGCUUCCAUGGCCGAACGCCAACUAGUCUGGCAGACUAGAACUUGGCUCAUCAGCUUUACCUUGGAGCUUGAUGUUGCGUCCGGCACUGGGCGGAAAUCUCGUAUCGCUGAAGUCGACGUCGUGAAGCUGCGCAAAUUCUUAGAUUAUCCACUCUCACUGCCUUGUGAUAUGCGCACUGUCUGUAUUAUUGAGCUUCAUCAACUUCGAGGUCAAUAUCGUUUGAUCAUCGACAAUGCCUCCACGAUCGACGAUAUCGUGUCUACAGAAUUACCAGCUAUAAUGGCGAGACUGCAGAAUUGGUGGACCAAUUGGGAUGAAAUUCAUGAAAGAACGCAACGUAAAGACAAUGGCUUCCACAUCGGAGCUUUCCAACGCAGCAGCUUGAAACUCAUGCUUCACUAUGCCAGGAUAUUCGUGUUCUGUGCAUCAUUGGCCCGAAUUCAAAAACUGAAGCCCACAUAUGCAGACUUGAGCUCUGAAAUUCUCGAUCAGAAUGUUCUGGUCCUAUGGCAGUCCCUCGUGACCACUAUAAUGGACCAACUAGGCUUCUUGAUCAACGAGCCAUCAUAUCGCUGCCAAUUACCUUGGGCACCAACGUACCCUGCUCUCACCAUUGCCUUCAUCACGACGUUUGCUUUACGUAUUGCGAGAUGGCGUCCAAGUUUGAUCAAUCAAAGCCUACUUCUAGAGAGGGCGGAAAGGAUCUGCGAUUUUCUCAAGCAGCCGCCCUACCCUGACAUCCACCGGACCGUUUCGAUCUUUGUCAACUAUGCACGCGCUUUGAUAGCCAGCCAACGUCCCCUAAGCAGCCACAGUUCAGAUGGACCUAUCAUGAACGAUCAAAAUGAUGGACCACAUCCAGAAUACCAGGGGCCCCAUAGCCCUAUGAUUAAUGCCCCUGCUCCUGGAGUGGGUCCGCUUGACGAUCCUCGCUACAGAGCCGGGCCGACAAUCCAGACUGACAAGGAUACAAACAUGGCCGCCAUGCCAAGUAGUGAUAUAUCGACAGCGGCCAAAGCAGCCCUCCCUCGCAUACCAGGCACAAUGGAAGCACCCAACUGGACAGUCUCGAACUCCAUUGCUGAUUCCUUUGGUCUUUUCGAGGAAGGUCAAAACGACAUAUUUGAUUUCUUGCCGAUGAUGCCGUCUGUGCCACAGUGA